AUGACAGAGGAGGUAAGGCUGUUCCAGAUGGUUGUGUACAGCCCUGUGUUUGUUCUGGGUCUGGUCCUGAACCUCUCUGCACUGAGGAUGUUCUAUCGUAUGAGAGCCAGCUGGACAGACACACACGUCUACAUGUUCAACCUGGCCGUGGCCGACUGUGCCCUCAUCACCUUCCUGCCCUUCAGGAUCUACCACACCUUCUUCACCCUGGACUCUCCAGGCUUCUGUGCUGUUCUGGUUCUGAUCCACUUCACCAACAUGUACGCUAGUAUCUUCACUGUUACAGCUAUAAGUGUCCAGAGAUUCAUUGCCAUUCAGUUUCCCUUCCACUCGGGGAGAAUGUGCUCCAAAAAACAAGUGGCUGUUGUAGUGUGUGUGAUGAUAUGGGUGACUAUUGUGUUCCUAUGUGUGAUAUUCAGGGAGCCCAAUAGGCCUGAACACAGACUGGCCUGCUUUGAGAGAGACUCACAUCCAUUUCCACUGGGCUUCAUUGUGACUCUGGAGAUAUUGGGAUAUAUGGUUCCUCUUCUCACAAUGCUGCUUUGUUCAUGUCAGACGAUCUGCACUCUGCUGACCUACAAGGACAUGCAGUCAUAUGAGCACAAGAGGAAAAGUAUUAGAAUAAUAUCAGCCAAUAUGGUAGUCUUUUUAAUCUGUUACACUCCUAUCCAUAUUGCAUUUUUCAUGAAAUUCUAUGUUGCUUCCAAAGACCCUCUUGACUGCCAACAGUAUAAUUUGAUGCAUAACUUCUAUCAAAUCUCAGAAGGGAUUGCCACAACAAACUGCUGUUUAGAUGCUAUUGGAUAUUUCUUCUUAGUGAAGGAGUUCCGGAAGGAACUGAUUCCAGGGAGGUUAACGAAAAGAGAGAACCAAGAAGACUCUUCAGAGAGAAUUUUUCUCUCUAGAACUGUAUAGGUAUAAAUGGAGAGGAAUUUUCAGCUACUCCAUAUUCUGUUUUCGCCUUGUGAAUGCUGUCACUUGAAGUAUCAUAAAAUAAUUCUGAUGGUUAUACAGAUAUAUAAAUGAUAUACAUAUUUUCCUACUAUCUAGGUGUCUGGUGUUGUCUCUUUCUAACAACUGAAGGGUAGCAUAAAAUGUUGAAAACUGUGCUGCUUUUCUGGACCUAACCUUUUGGCAGGCUAAUGUCUCCCCCAUGUGUUCAGGCUGGUCAUCACAUUUAUGCUAAAAUACAGUACAUUUCCAUUAUUGGAUGAUUGAUAUUGACAUGGUUUAUAUUGAAUAAUCAACAUUGACAUAGUUUAUAUUCGAAAAUUGAUAUUGAAAAGGCAUCUAAAAAUAUAUAUUUUAGACAAUAUAAGUCAGAAUAGAAAUACCCCAUUAUAGUAAUCAUAUACGGUAACAUCGUAGAGAGUAAUAUUAUAUGGAUGGUCUCUGUCCCAGGAGACCACUGUGGUCGUUAAAUAGAGACCUGAUCAAUGUCCAUACUGAUAUUGAUUGUGUAAUUCUACAGUCCUUUGCGCCCUCUGUGCCUGUUUGUGUGUGAGUGUGUGUGAUCUGUAUGUUCGUGUGCUGCGUAGGCAGCCCCCGUGUCUGUGUUGGUGCCUGAAAGCAAACAGAUAGAGCAUUAAACAGAAUUACCUUCUCCUUCUCUCUGUCUGAGGUACCUGAUGAAUAUGUAGGCUAGAGGGCCCUCAAAUUACACCCUGUGUCUUAUAUUAUAUUCAUGAUGUUUACACAAUUCAGCCCUGUAAUUAAUGCAAAAAGACAAGAUGUGGCUGGAAUCUGAAUACACAUAACAGGGCUGUGAGAGUGUGUUAGCCUGCAGUGAGCUUAGAUGUAGGUCAACCCGACAGUGUCUGCUGGGCUGGCAUUGGUCCAAUCCAUUCAUGAAUCAGAUUCAUCACAUGAAUGUGCCCCUGGCUCGGCUGAUUGAUUCUGAGAUUUAUGAAAACAGGUGACGGCCAGUAAGGGAUGUGGUGGCUGAGUUAGGGAGGGCUGCAGGCCUCCAGCACUUCACUGCCGGUGAUGAGGACCCAUCAAGCACUGACAGGCCUCACAACCCCUUUACCUGUCAACAGUUGUGUUGCUGCCUCAUACACUCCCCAGAGAGAGAACGAGAGAGAGAGCGAGAGAGACAAGACUAUUUGAGUUCAUUUCUAUUAUUCAUUCUUUUGGAUGGUUAAUGCUCACAAUAGUCAAAUGCGGUAUUACUCAUUAUGGCAAAGUGGAGGACUGCACUGGACUGCCAUGGCAGAGGGAGAGCCAUGGUUCAGGCCUUAUUUUAUGUCACAGGCCGUUGUCACAGGCCGUUGAUGGAGAAACAGCACUCUCUGUUGGACAGUGGUGGUAUUUUCUAACUACGCCAUGGCUAAACAGAAGUGUACAUUUUAGUCAUUUAGCAGACGCUCUUAUCCAGAGCAACUUACAGUUGCAUACAUUAUUUUUCAUACUGGCCCCCCCGUGGGAAUCGAACCCACAAAUCUGGCGUUGCAAACACCAUGCUCUACCAACUGAGCUACAUCCCUGCCGGCCAUUCCCUCCCCUACCCUGGACGACGCUGGGCCAAUUGUGCGCCGCCCCAUGGGUCUCCCGGUCGCGGCCGGCUACGACAGAGCCUGGAUUCGAACAAGGAUAUCUAGUGGCACAGCUGGCACUGCGAUGCAGUGCCUUAGACCACUGCGCCACUCAGGAGUAUACUAACGCAUUUGACACUCAAUUGAUAGCAAAGUAUUAAAUGUGUAUCUUACAAAUAAAGUUGAAGCAUAGACUAGUAAUUAAUUAUAUACUGUCUAUAUAAAUACUGUUAUCCCCUUAGGAGGUGAAGAAAAACUAAUUAACCAGAGCAAAAACUGUCACAGGUAGAUGGUCAAUGUCUGAGUGGUUUAUUAGAAUAAGAAAGUUGACAGAGAGCAAAGUCUCCAUGCUAAGUGACAGGGUGUGUGUGUGUGUGUCUUGUGCAGUUGCUUGAGGGUGCAUGCAUGUGUUUGUCUGAUGGACAUUUGUGGACACAAGCACACACACUUGCAUGUACUGUACAAAUUUACACGUCUCUACAUCUGUACACACAGAGGCUGUGUCAUGCAGCUACUGCACUUAAAUUACAUUUAAGCAUGGAGAUGAUGUACACACAGGGACACGUGGUGUUUUUUCAUGACAGUGUCCCUGGUCACAGACAGAGACAGACAGCCUCUGGUGAGAGCCACAGGACUGCAGGAGUCCAUCACAGUAGCAGGAGACUCGAAUCUGGAGGAAAAGUGGGAAAGUUAUCUUUGUCAUGAUCGCCAGUCUGUAUCGCUAUCUCCUCUCCUCUUCUCCUCUUCUCCUCCUCUCAGACACGACUCAGGCAUCAGAGUGGGAGCAAAUACUGA